CACUUUAACGAAGUUGCGGCGGCGCGUUUAGUUUCGUAUUAAAUCGUUACUAUUAAAUUAUAGUUAAUAAGUGUAAACAAACCAGUCAAAUAUUAAUACAGCUGCCACGUAAAUAAACACAAAAGAUUCCAGUUAAGCCGAAGGAUCGCGAGUGCAACUGCCAUGGGUGCCACUAAGUGAAGAAUUCCAGGAAUCCUACGUUGCGCCUGUUGCUCCUCUCCCGCUCUUCAAAAUUUCGUGCAGAUUCUUUUUCUUGUCAAGAUGAUGGGCACAAAACAUCGAAAUUCACAUGUCAAUGGCAGCAUUAAGUCAUCAUCAUCAUCGCUGCGAUCGAGCAGCAAAUCCUUUCAGGCAAAAAUGGACCUGAUGUCUGAAAGGCUGUACGACGUCGUGAAAAGCGGAUCGAUGGUUAAAAGGGCUCAAAACAAGAAGCGUUUCACCCCCGUGAAUUACAAACAUCGAUGGUUUGAGUUGACCAAGCGAACUUUCAGCUAUUUCGAUGUGGAAAAUGUGGAGCGGAGACGCGAACGUGGUCGCAUUCAUUUGAAGGGCGUUCGCCUGGUGGAGGAGGCGACGGUCAGCGGCGAGGGCGGCGAUCCCUUUGCACCGGAUGGUUAUCCAUUCCAAGUGGGCUACUGUGAGAUCUCUUCGUCGGCCAAUUCGCAUCAGGUGGAGAACGGCGGCGGGGGCGGAAUCGAGGGUCAGCAGAGUGGACGAGCGGUGCCACAGUACACACUCUACGUGAUCGCCAACAGCGAAAAGGAGCGCAGCGAGUGGAUCCGCGCCAUCCGCCAAGUUUGUGAGGACAGUAAUACUCCAAAGUCGUACCGCUAUCAUCCGGGUUUGUGGUCCGGAAAGAAGUGGAGCUGCUGCAAGGGAUUAUCUCGAAGCACCUUUGGUUGCAGAGCAGCCGCCCAUUGGCGUGAGGCAAACAAUAAUCCAAGCAACGGCAGUUCUCCAGCCCAGAAUUCAACGCGCAGCAUCAGUCCCAACAGCUCCACGACCAACAGUCAGUUCAGCUUGCAGCACAACAGCUCGGGGAGUCUCGGCGGCGGAGUGGGCGGCGGAUUGGGAGGCGGAGGCAGCCUUGGCCUAGGCGGGGGAGGAGGAGGUGGCGGCAGUUGCACGCCCACAUCGCUGCAGCCUCAGUCCUCGCUGACAACUUUCAAGCAGUCCCCAACUUUAUUGAACGGCAACGGAACUCUAUUGGAUGCCAAUAUGCCUGGCGGUAUACCCACACCCGGAACACCAAAUUCCAAAGCCAAGGACAACUCCCACUUUGUCAAGCUGGUGGUGGCUCUCUAUCCAUUCAAGGCCAUCGAAGGCGGCGAUUUGUCGCUGGAAAAGAAUGCCGAAUACGAAGUGAUUGAUGACUCACAGGAGCACUGGUGGAAGGUCAAAGAUGCCCUGGGCAAUGUUGGCUAUAUACCCAGCAACUACGUCAAGCCGAAGGCUCUUCUGGGCCUGGAGCGCUACGAAUGGUAUGUGGGCGACAUGUCACGACAGAGAGCCGAAUCCCUGCUGAAGCAAGGGGACAAGGAGGGCUGCUUUGUGGUCAGGAAGUCAUCGACCAAGGGUCUCUACACACUAUCGCUGCAUACCAAAGUUCCACAGUCGCAUGUGAAGCACUAUCACAUCAAGCAAAAUGCUCGCUGCGAGUAUUAUUUGAGUGAGAAGCAUUGCUGUGAAACAAUUCCGGAUCUGAUCAACUACCAUCGCCACAACUCUGGCGGUUUGGCUUGCCGACUCAAAUCCUCGCCCUGCGAUCGCCCAGUUCCACCGACGGCGGGAUUGUCCCACGACAAAUGGGAGAUCCAUCCAAUGGAGCUGAUGCUGAUGGAGGAGCUUGGAUCGGGACAGUUUGGUGUUGUGCGGCGCGGCAAGUGGCGUGGAUCUAUCGACACAGCGGUCAAGAUGAUGAAGGAGGGAACCAUGUCCGAGGACGAUUUCAUUGAGGAGGCCAAGGUGAUGACCAAGCUGCAGCAUCCGAAUCUUGUGCAGCUAUAUGGCGUCUGCUCCAAGCACCGGCCCAUCUACAUUGUGACCGAGUACAUGAAGCACGGAUCCUUGUUGAAUUACUUGCGACGGCAUGAGAAGACCCUGAUUGGUAAUAUGGGUCUGCUCCUUGACAUGUGCAUACAGGUGAGCAAGGGCAUGACCUACCUGGAGCGCCAUAACUACAUUCACCGGGAUCUGGCUGCCCGUAACUGUCUCGUUGGCUCCGAGAAUGUCGUUAAAGUGGCCGACUUUGGACUGGCCCGAUACGUUCUCGACGAUCAGUACACCAGCUCUGGCGGCACCAAGUUCCCCAUCAAGUGGGCACCGCCCGAAGUGCUCAACUACACGCGCUUCUCCUCUAAGAGCGAUGUGUGGGCAUACGGUGUGCUGAUGUGGGAGAUCUUCACUUGCGGCAAGAUGCCAUACGGUCGCCUAAAGAAUACCGAGGUUGUGGAGCGUGUGCAGCGCGGAAUUAUCCUAGAGAAACCAAAGUCGUGUGCCAAGGAGAUUUAUGAUGUCAUGAAGUUGUGCUGGUCACAUGGACCCGAGGAACGUCCCGCGUUCCGUGUGCUCAUGGAUCAGCUGGCUCUUGUGGCCCAGACGCUAACCGACUAAGGAGCGGACCAGAUCGCGGCAACCAUCGCCUGAAAUUAACACGCACUGAACACACUGAAGCAUCUUAAGAUAUUGAAGAACGUUAAAGGCAUUACAUUUAAGGUUACAAAAGCGGCGAAAGAAAGAUAUAUUUAGAUUUAUACAUACAUGUAUAUGAACCAUAAGAUUUAAUUAAGCGCGAGCCAGUUUACAUUACGGCACAAGCCCCAUAUGAUUAUGGUAUAUUUGGAUUAUUUGAUAGAAUUAGAGCUGAGCGAAUGAUAUCAUUAUGUUUAUGAACGCGUUAACUGUUAGUCGGUGAGAUACGAAGCGCAACAACUGACAGUCACAUAUAGUAACUAUAUUAAAUGAGAAAACGGAAAUGCAUUAAAGUAUGGAAAACUGUAGUUAAUAGUCAAAUUUUUGAUACAUUUCACAUACCGAAAGCGAUUUAAAAAAUUAUUACCAUACAUGCAUAUGAUAUGAUAUUUAAAUGUGCUUUUUUAAAUAGCGAGCCACUGUGCUAAGUAAAAUACGAUUAUCUCUAAAGAAUGAUAGAAACAAACAAACAAGAAAACUGAUUAUGCAUUAAAUAUUAAAUGUAAGCCUCAAGUCGAAAGCGAAAUGUUUGCACAACUGAUAAAGGAUGAAGGAACCGAAGGAUGAUAAGUAAAGUUCGCCAGGAAAGAUAAACAAUUUUUAGACUAGAUUUGUACGUGCUUAGUUUAAGUUUUGUGAUUUAUUGUUUAAUUCUUGCAGACGAUUUAUUUUUAUUUAAUUUUGAUCUUGCGAUGGCUUUUCCCACGCUCAAAGUAUGAAUCAGAUGCGGUAUAAUUACGAGAAAUUUAUACGAUAUGCUAUUCUUUCGUUUUUUUUCAAUGUCUAUGCGAUAUAAAUCGAUAUAUCUAUACACAUAUUUUACCGUAUUUUUAUGAACGUUUUACUUAAUUAAUUUUAUCAUUUGAUUAAGCAACCAGAAAUACAAAAGAGAAAAGAAAAACAGAAAAUCAAAUAAAAUGUACGAUAAACAUUUAUUUUAUCUCAUUAUCAUUUACCUUAUGUUUGGUAUCGAAUUGCAAAAUUUUGGAGACUGCAAGCACAGAACUCGGUUUCACACCAAAAUGUUUGCGAGCCAAGUUCAGCCGAGAAGAAUUCGAAGCAAUGAGAACAGAACCAAAAUAAAAGCAACUCACAUAGACUUAUAGCCAGACUUUAUACAAGACAACACCAAACAGAAAGCAAACCAAGCAACAAAACAAGCCGAAACACCAGCACGCAAACCAAAUGCGCAUUUUGUAGAACUUUUGAUACAGCAUUUUGAUACGAGAUACGAACUAUACACAGAAACCGCAAAGGUUUGUCUAUGUUUAUAUGAAUGUGGUAGCCAGUAAGCGUCCUUCGUACGACUAUAUGUAGCAUUAGCCGAUCCACAAAACUGGUAAUGGUAAUGUCUAUCUAUGAUGAUUCCUUUUGCUGAGCGAAUGGCAGAUUGAAGAUAGUGUAUCCUUCUGCUCAUCCGCAAAAUCCUUGCAGUAGCCACUAUCCAGACUACGGUCAACAUAUGCAAUCUACAAAUUACACUACUAACUUAUAAUACGCGGCUUAGUUGAUUUCUUGCGCCUAUGCAUAUAGAGCUAUAUAUAAAUACAUACGAUAAACGAUACGAUAUAAAUGCGAAAUACGUCUAUUGCCAUGAAACCCAUGAAACCCCCAGAAAAAUAAAAACAAAACCAAAAAUCAUCAA